UAGAAUUGUCAGAAAUCUACUGUCAAAUGCGAGAUGUCUGAUAUUUGCCGUCUCAAAAACAAAUUAGAAUUGUAGAUAAUAAAUAUUGUGAAGGAUUCAUCAUCUAACGGAAAUAUAUAGGGAAAGAAAAAACUAAAAUAUCCAGCAUAAGUUAGCAUGACAUCAUCAGUAAUGGAACAAUUUCUAAAUACGGUUAGGGCACAUACAUCAAAUGGAUCCCUCAGAGAAUUGGUGGACUAUUGUUCGAAAUCAGAAGAAUUAAUCCAGAAGAAUGUUAGUCAAGUGGACACCGUUUUGGCUUCUUUAGAUUUUCAACAGCAUACGAUUCCAGUUGUUCAUCUUCUUCUUGCAAAAUACGAAUAUACACCUCUUGCUGAGGACAGUCGAUUGACACAAAUGAGGGAAUUUAUCAGCGAGUGUAACGGAGAACAUAUUCGUUUAGUUCCUGGUGUAUUUGCAGAUUUGUGCCAUCACUUCACAAAGUAUUUAAUUGCAAUCAAACAGCCCAUGUUGGGAAUUUCUUACUUGCGUAAAGCUAUUUAUAAGUUACGUUUAAAUGAUUCACAACUGACAUCAAUACAUGCUGAUGUAUGUCAAUUAUGUUUAGUAGCAAAAUGUAUGAAACCAGCACUGGAAUUUUUGGAUGUUGAUAUUACAAAUAUCUGUGUCGAAGUUACUAGUCCAACUUGUGGAUCUGUUUUUGAUGCCAAAUAUUUUCUGUUAUAUUAUUAUUAUGGUGGUAUGAUAUAUUUGUCACUGAAGAAUCUAGACAGAGCUCUAUAUUUCUUCGAGGUAGCUAUUACUACUCCCGCGCAUGCAGUUUCCCAUAUCAUGUUGGAAUCUUAUAAGAAAUAUAUACUUGUUUCUUUGUUACUUUAUGGACGGGAACAGCCUAUACCGAAAUAUGCUUCGCAUGUAGUUACUAGAUUCAUGAAGCCUUUGUCUCAGGCCUAUAUCUCUCUUGCAGCUGCAUUUGAAAUGAAUAAUAGUUCUGAGUUGAGGAACGUGAUUGCUAAGAAUUCAGAAAUAUUCACACGAGAUUUUAAUAUGGGUCUUAUAAAACAAGUUAAACAAAUGUUGUAUAAAAAAAAUAUUCAAAGAUUAACUAAGACAUUCUUAACCUUAAGCUUGUUUGAUGUAGCUAACCGUGUUGGCUUAUCUGGUAUUCAAGAAGCUGAGCAAUAUGUUUUACAAAUGAUUGAAGAAAAACAGAUAUAUGCUACCAUCAAUCAGAAGGAUGGAAUGGUUGUAUUCUUAGAUAAACCAGAAAUACUUGGAGGUCCAGAAGUACUAAAAGAAUUAGAAGAGGAAUUAGCUGUUUGUAUGGAAUUGAAUAAACAAAUUUUAAGUAUGGAUUCUGAGAUUCAGGUGAAUCCACAAUAUGUCAGGAAAUCAACUGGUGUUCAAGACGAAGAUCAACCAAGCAAAAGUACCUAUGCAAUGUGAUAAACUUUAGUGUGCUAUGAGUUGAUACCAAAAAGCACAAUUUAUUUUUCCUGAAUCCAUUCUCGUUGCUUCAAAUUGUGUACUGAAUGUAAAAAUAAAUUUCUAUUAUCAAAAA